UUUGUUUCGGUAAUUUUGGAAAAGUUUUGUGGAAAAUGGACAAGAUAAAUCUGGCUGAAUUUCGGAAAAAACUGACAAAAUACAGCGAUAACAACGCAGCGUACGACGAGCAAAAGGCCGAUCUCUUUCGUCGAAUGGAAUCUCUUCUUAAACAGCGAGACGCCUGCCUCAAACAGUUAGCUAAGAAAAUUGAAAGCGCCAGGAAACUCAAGGACGACGUACAGGAUCUAAAGUACGAAAAACAGGACGCGCUAGAGCUACUGAACAGCCUCCAGAAAAAGUGUGACCGACUUGCGGAAACUGAGGAACCUACAGCGAUUCCGGCGCAAGUUGCAACCGUCGAAGAUGACGACGAAAGCACCGCUCAAAAGCAGAAAGAGCAAUUGUUCCUCCAACUACUGCGAAUGAACUGUAAUCUGUAUCUGCAAUUCGACGCCGCCUCGAAUGAAGUCCGGGUACUAUCGCUGGACAGCACAAAAUACUUCGAAUUCUGCAUCGAUUCCACAAUCAACGAUUCUACUGAACGGGAACUAGUUUGGGCAAAUCUUGGCAGUACCAGCCCAAACCUUGCUUCGUGGGAGAAUCUUUUAGAGAAUAGCCUUUGAACAACUUAACUAUUUAAUAAAUAACCAACGUAUUGACCACGAAAGUCCUUUCCACAUCGUGCUGAAAAAGUUCACCCUAAUGAUUCAAUAAUUAGCGAUAUCCUAAACGCGCGCUAA